CGAAACGGGGCGGGAUAUCAGUUACACCAUACGCGCUGUGAUUGGUCCAGCUGUGAUAGUGGGAAGUGUCCGUUACACCGGUGUCUCCCUGGUUGCGCAAGACGCCAUUUUGGAGUGACAGUCAAAUAAAACGGAAAGAUCGAGAAGCUGUCUUUGUAAAGCUUCGUCACCAUGGGGAGUGUAUUUUCGAGCUUAUUCAAGGGCCUCUUCGGAAAAAAAGAAAUGAGGAUUCUAAUGGUCGGGCUUGAUGCUGCUGGAAAAACAACUAUCCUAUAUAAACUGAAGCUUGGAGAGAUAGUCACCACCAUUCCCACCAUUGGUUUUAACGUUGAAACUGUAGAAUACAAGAACAUCAGCUUCACAGUGUGGGACGUGGGCGGUCAGGACAAAAUCAGGCCGCUGUGGCGCCACUACUUCCAGAACACUCAAGGGCUUAUCUUUGUGGUGGACAGCAACGACAGGGAGCGAGUGAACGAGGCGAGGGAGGAGUUGUCCAGAAUGCUCGCUGAGGACGAACUCAGAGACGCUGUGCUGCUCGUUUUUGCAAAUAAACAGGAUCUCCCCAAUGCGAUGAACGCUGCAGAGAUCACAGACAAGCUGGGCCUCCACGCCCUCCGCCAACGCAGCUGGUACAUCCAGGCCACCUGCGCCACCAGCGGGGACGGCCUGUACGAGGGCCUGGACUGGCUCUCCAACCAGCUGAAGAACCAGAAAUGAUCCAUUCCACCGGUUUUGAUUUUUUUUUCUCGUUUGUUGUUUAUUUUUUCUGUUCCGACACGGCGGCAGCACCGGAUCCAGGCCCCCCUCGCUCUCCCAUCUAACCCCGUUUUUCUGCCCCCCGGCUCUUUCUUUCAUGAACUUCCUUCAUUCCCUCCUCUUGCUUUCUUUCUUUCUUUCUCCCCUUCUCGUCAGUACUCUUGGGGCUCUAGCCUGUGCUGCUUGUGUGUGCGUGGGAGUGCGAGCGUGUGUGCCUUGUGUGUGUGUGUGUGUGUGUGUGUGUGUGUGUGUGUGUGUGUGUGUGUGAAGGCGUCUCUGUGUAUGUUGGCUGGGAUUGGGAGUGACCCUGGCGUGCCUUUUACACACCUCCUGUGGAAUCAGCAGUCUGGUUUUCAAGCCCCCUUUCUCCAUCCACCAAACUCAGCCUCCGCCCCGCUCAGCCGACCCCCACUCUCAGUCUUGCACGGCCCCCUUCUCCCCGUCACCCUUUACUCUCCAGAGGAAGCAUGGUUUUCAUACGGCAAAGAAAGAGCAAGGGUGCAAGUCCUCCCCACCGUCCUCCUCCUCUCUCCCUGUAGUAUCUAUCUAUGUUAACUAGAAAUGUUCCCCCCAUGUAGUCUGAAUGCUAGAUGUUCAUUUUAUCCUCUUUGAUUUUGAAACCUCAAACCCACCAGUAAGAGAUUCUUUAAAUUGCAUCUUAACCUGUAUCAGGUUGAAGCAAAUCAAAAAAAGAAAAAAAAAAAACCACGGGAAAAAAAGGUAUAAAAAAACUAAUAAAAAUAAAAAACGCCCAUCCUCGAUCAUUCUGGUGUCAUUUGAAAAUCAUGCUGUUUGUUUUAUUAUUAUUAUAUUGGAGUAUAACAGAUUAUUCUUAGCGAUGGUUCUCCAGUGAACACUAUCUUUGUCCCCACCACUAAGAGACCGUGAAGCACAAGGCAAACCAACAAUCUUUAGAAGAAACAUGACUGAAUUCAAAAUUAGAAUCUGCAAGUGUAUGCAAUUCUUGUCUUAUUGAAUCUUUUUGGUAGCUGGUGUUUAAUUCCCUGGAUUAAAUUGGAUUUUUGAGAUGACUUUCAGUGUAAUAAUGAGUCUUUCUGACAUUGUUGACAUUUUACAAAAACUUCUGCCGGUUUUCUGGUGUCCUGAUACAUUCACAGGCGUGUUAUUCCUUUAAGAGACGUUACACGCGUUUGUUUUUUUUGUUUUGUUUUUUCUGUAACUAGUUUUAGCAUUUCUAUUUGUACUGUGACUGCUGAACCAAAUGCAUUUGAGCAGUAUGACAAAUCCUAUUUCUGGAAGUAGUAGUGUCCUCGAAGGCCUCCACUGAAUUUGACGAGUUUUUUUUUUUCUUCCUUUUUUUUUUCUCACCAAUGGUUGGCAGUUUUACUUUGAAAAUCUGAAAGCAUCCAGCUGUCUAAUUUUCCCAGGUGGGGGAUGAAGGAUUGGCACCGAAAAAGAAUAAAAAACGAAACACACGACGACAAAAAGCAAAAUGAAGGCUCUUUAACUGUGAACAGUCCAGACGCCAAGAACGGCGACUAGUCGGGAUGUCUGGGUGUUACAGGCUACUGCUUCUCACCGUAGCGCUGCGUACUCGGUGACUCGAAAGACCAACGCGACUCUGUUGUCGGCGGCGAGCUGGAAGGACUCGGUGGUAGACCUGUCGAGGGGAAUGGGUGUGCAGUUACCUGGUGGUGAGAUUCAGCAGGUGUCCUCAGUGUUGAACCAUGGGGGUUAAGCUGGCACUUCUGUCAAGAAUGAUUGUAAAUCUGUAAGUUCCCCUGUAAACUCUUUCUGUGGGGAUUUCCUGAACACAUUAAUAAACAUGAUUUGAUCCAA